UAAUUCGGUCUAAAAAUUGUAAGUCACGCAUAGAACAAAUCAUUAUAAUCUUUAAAAAUUUUAUUAAAAAUCACGAUGAGAGAAAUCGUACACAUCCAAGCAGGACAAUGUGGAAAUAAUAUCGGAACUAAAUUUUGGGAAGUUGUCUCGGACGAACACGGACUGACAUGUGACGGAAUUUUUCAAGGAGAGUCGGAACUGCAAUUGCAGCGCAUAAAUGUGUACUUUACUGAAGGAUCUGAUUACAAGUUUAUACCCAGAGCCAUUUUAGUCGAUCUCGAUCCAGGUAGUUUAAGUUCCACGUUAUCCAGUCGGUAUGGUAGGCUAUUUAAUCCGAAUAGUUUUAUAGCGGGUCGAGCUGGGACUAGUAAUAAUUGGGCUAAAGGUUAUUACACCGAAGGUGCUGAGUUAGUUGAUACAACCUUGGAUCUUAUUCGAAAGGAGGCUGAAUCUUGUGAUCUGAUGCAAGGAAUUCAAUUAGUUCAUUCUCUUGGUGGUGGCACCGGUGGUGGCAUGGGUUCCCUUUUAUUACAAAAAUUAAAAGAAGAAUACGCAGAUAGAAUAAUAAAAUCUUACAUCAUAUUACCAGCUCCAAAAAUGUCUAACAUUGUUGUGGAACCCUACAAUGCCAUUUUAUCUCUUUGCCAUCUCAUAGAUAGUAAUGACGAAACCUUUUGCAUGGACAAUGAGGCCCUACAUUACAUUUGCACCGAGACCUUGAAACUCGCCUCUCCUACUUACAGUGAUCUAAAUUAUUUGAUAUCCAAUUGCAUGGCUGGCAUCACAACUUGUUUCAGAUUUCCUGGACAAUUGAAUACCGAUCUAAGAAAACUUCUAGUAAACAUGGUACCUUAUCCAAGAUUACACUUUUUUGUGCCAGGUUAUGUGCCUCUCACGUCGAAAAGAGUGGCCCCUUACAGAGUACUUACGGUGCCUGAAUUGACUAAACAAAUGUUUGAUGAAAAGACAAUGUUUGCUCGUUGUAAUCCAAAGAACGGUAGAUUCUUAACAAUUGCUGCAAUUUUUAGAGGUAGAAUGUCAACUAGGCAUGUGGAUCAGCAAAUGAUGAACAUUCAAAAUAAAAACAGUUCUUAUUUCAUCGAAUGGAUACCGAAUAAUAUAAAAACAGCGAUCUGUGAUAUCCCACCACGUGGGCUUAGCAUGAGUGCUACAAUGGUGAUGAACACCACAGCUAUUCAAGAAUGUUUUAAAAAAAUGUUAAAUAUUUUCGACGGGAUGCUUAAAAAAAAAGCUUACCUUCAUUGGUAUACCAAUGAGGGAAUGGAAUUGUCCCAAUUUUUAGAUGCAAAGAACAGCGUUUAUGAAAUCGUUUCAGAGUAUCAGCAGUAUCAAGAAGCACCUACUGAAACGGUCUUUGAAGAGGAAGAGAUAAUUUAUCAAUGAAUUGAGAAUUCAUUAGGAAUAAAAUUAAAUUAAAUUAAUGAUUAUAUAACUUAUAAAAUGUUAAUGAUAAAUGAUAUCAACUCUUUUACAUUUAUUUCUGAAAUAUUAUUGGUAUUGUUUAUAUUUUCAGUAGAAACGCAGGGAUAAAGUGGUCUCAUCAUUAUUUUUAUUAUAAGUAUUAUAUUUUGAUCGGCUUCCUUUUACAAUAAUAAUAAUGAAACUAACAGCAGUUCGAACGAUUACGAAUUUCUUUUUUCGGUGAUUUUAUAUAUACUUGUAUCGCAAAGUGAUAAAGAUUAUAUAAUAUGCACCUACAUACCACCCUAACAAACCUAUAUUCCUUAAAAUAAAAGAGUUCAAGUUUUGCUCGUAGAAAUUAACAAAUGAUUCAUAAAAUAUAAACUACCAGGCAGGAAAAGAUAAAGAUAAGCAUUGUCGUUGUACGAGAAACGACGUCCUUAAAAAAUCGUAUAUUACUUCUUUUUAUUCUUUUCUUUCCUUUUUUAAUAAAAAAAAAAAAAAACCGCAGUACGUCCUAAGCAUUCCUCGCAAUUAAACGAUACUUGCGAACAUAUAUUGCGAACAUAUAAAAGAAACGAGAAAAAAAUAGGAAGAGAGGAAGAGAGAGAAAGAGAGAAAGAGAAAGGAGCAUAUUUUUGUCACUUUUUUUUCUUUUUGGUAAGAUCGCUUUGGCGAACGAAGUACGAUUACAUCGGUGCCUUAUAUAAAUUUUAUAUUUUAUUUAAAAUCCAUCGCACGAAUUCGAUGUUUCUUUGGGAAUAAAUAUAAAUGAAUUAAUCAAUGGUCUCGAAUCAGUAUUGUUCGAUCGAUCGAUAAAUUCGAACACAGAAAAUACAUAUAAUAUCUUAAAUAUACAUAGCAUUGUAUUAAAUCUUUUGAAAUUGUUUCCAAACAUUAUCUCCGACAACUCUGACAUUAUCGGGAAUGAAAUGUACGUUUUUUAAGAUAGUUUCAAUCGUUCAUUAUUAAAAACGUACGUAAUCGUAUAAAAGUAUCAAAAAGGUGUCAUGAUGAACGUUUAAAAGUAUCAAAGAACAAUUUCUUUGACAUUUUUACACUUUCAUUCGGAAGAAGAACAGUAUAAAGAAGAAAGAGGAAAAAUAGGAGAAGGAGAGGAUGAAGAUAAAGAUGUAAAAAUAUUGGAACACUCGCAUUUUAUUCCUGUUCGCAAGCCUCGAAAUCGUCAGCGCAUUCUUCAGCUUCAAAAUCCUCUUCGGCUGUAGCUUCUUGAUAUUGUUGGUACUCAGAGACCAAAUCGUUCAUGUUUGAUUCUGCUUCGGUAAAUUCCAUCUCGUCCAUACCUUCUCCCGUGUACCAAUGCAAGAAGGCCUUUCUCCUGAACAUAGCAGUGAACUGUUCGGAAAUUCUCUUGAACAAUUCUUGAAUAGCUGUGGUAUUUCCAAUGAAGGUCGAUGACAUCUUCAAACCUUUAGGUGGUAUGUCACAGACAGCGGUCUUCACAUUAUUCGGAAUCCAUUCGACGAAAUACGAACUGUUUUUAUUCUGUACGCUGAGCAUCUGCUCGUCAACUUCUUUCAUUGACAUUCUACCACGGAAUACAGCAGCAACGGUUAGAUAUCUUCCAUGUCUGGGAUCACAGGCAGCCAUCAUGUUCUUAGCAUCGAACAUUUGCUGCGUCAGUUCGGGUACCGAAAGAGCUGAGUAUUGUUGCAUAGAUCUAGACGUUAAAGGUGCGAAACCAGGCAUGAAGAAGUGGAGCCGAGGGAAGGGUACCAUGUUGACAGCAAGUUUCCUUAAAUCUGCGUUAAGUUGACCAGGAAACCUUAGGCAUGUUGUUACUCCAGACAUAGUCAACGAAACCAGAUGAUUUAGGUCACCAUAGCUAGGAUUGGAGACCUUCAAUGUGCGGAAACAGAUAUCAUAAAGAGCUUCGUUAUCGAUGCAAUAAGUCUCAUCGGUGUUUUCAACCAAUUGAUGAACGGAUAGAGUCGCAUUAUAUGGUUCUACCACAGUAUCAGAGACUUUUGGCGAUGGCAUAACCGAAUAAGUAUUCAUAAUCCUAUCAGGAUACUCUUCACGAAUCUUAGAUAUCAGAAGAGUUCCCAUACCGGAUCCAGUACCUCCUCCAAGCGAAUGGGUCAGCUGAAAACCUUGGAGACAAUCGCAAUUCUCGCAUUCCUUCCUCACUACGUCAAGAACCGAGUCCACCAAUUCGGCUCCCUCGGUGUAAUGACCUUUGGCCCAGUUAUUACCGGCACCGGACUGCCCGAAGACGAAAUUAUCCGGUCUGAACAACUUCCCGUAUGCUCCGGAUCGUACUGCGUCCAUCGUACCUGGUUCCAAGUCAAGAAGAAUCGCUCGAGGAACAUAUUUUCCACCGUUCGUUGAUGUGGCCACUGUAAAAAGAAAAUGAAUCUAAUCAAGUCCCUGUUAAAAAUUUAAAAUCGAACUUUGAACUCACACAAUCAUAUAUCUUAUUUCACUUU